GCACAGUAACUACGCAGGGCAGUCUGAAGAGAGAAACAGUUCUAACCACACGUGCAUGCUUAUCUAGACGUUGCUACUAUGAGGGGGAUACUUCGCUAUUCUGCGGCUAUUUUCACCAUUCUUAUGGUCCUUAUAGACACUUCCGUUGCUGUAGCGCGAAAUGGUCUUGGAUUCCAUAGUUCUGGAUUUGAUAAUCUUGAAUUUAACGAUUCUUAUUUGAUCAAAGAAUAUCACUCCACUACAAGAGCCAUGGAAUGUUCCAUCUUUUGUGCAGAAACACUGACUUGCAUGUCAUUUUUCUUCAGUGGAAUGAAACAAAAAUGUCGUCUGCAUGGAACUGCAGUGUUUAAUAAAACAAAUGGGCAGGCAUCUGAGGGAUGGAAACACUAUGUCUACGGUGAGAAUUGCCCUGUGCAUAUAGGAUUUAUUCACGAUCGUGAGAAUAAUCUUUGUGUCAGGAUUUCAGAUGUGGAACUGAAAGCCGACGAGGGGAAGCAGUUCUGCAUGAAUACAAAUUCAACCCUGAUUACUUUGGAGUCAGCCGACAAGCAAACUCGAUUUGACAAUCUUCUUGCUAAAAUUCCAAACUCCUUUAUCAUUGACCGCAUUCGAAUUGGAUUAGAGAAACUGGAUGGGAAAUGGAAAUGGCUUAACGGAUCUCCCUUAGUGAAUGCUAGAUGGGCUCCGUAUGAGCCAAACUGUGGUGAACAAUGCAGCUGCGGUGGUGUUACUAUGAUGGAUGAAAGAGGAUGGUUUGAUAAUGAACAAUACUGCAAGAAUCAGAAGGCACAAUCGGUCUGUGAGGCACUAUAGAAAUUUGCAUCUAUGAUCAAACAAUAAUCUACAGUUGAAGGUUCAAGUUGAAGUUUACCAUUCCCUAGAUACACUUUGGAAUUGUAUAUACUCAUUUAUUAUUUAUCAUACACAUUUAUUAUCAGCAUUUCUUACUUCUGUGGAGUAUAACGAAAAAAAAAAAACAUAUUAACAAUGUAUCUAAAUGACACUCUAGUAUAUAUGCAAUUUUCUUGUAAAGGAAUAGUUUCGGAAUACAGAUUGUGAAUUGGCAUUACUUUUUUAGAUUUUACCAAAAUUUCAUACAAGCUUUUUCUGAUGUGGGAGAAGAGAAUAUUACAUCUUCAAGGCCGACAGCUUUAGCUCUCCUAUUUUUAGUCAAUAAUAAGAAUUUUUGUUUCUUACAACUAUAAUCAUAAAGUUCUGUUUUAUUUGUA